AUGGAAAGCACAAAGGCAGAGACAGUCAAGAAGAUCCAUGAGCAAGCCAGAAGGAACAUUGAGGCCAAAACCAAGCAGUAUGCAACAUGCCAACAAGGGCCGCAAAGAAUGGUCUUUGAAGUGGGAGACAAGAUGGACCAUUUGAGAUCACCAGAAGAAUCAACAACAACUCCUACCAAAUUGAUCUUCCAAGAUGAACCAGAUUUGAGGACAAAUCCUUUUCAAGAGGGAGGGGAUGAUAUGAUCAUGGAGGAGGUUGCUGGGAACUUGGACCAGGAAGCAGCUGGAGAGCUUGUAGCAGAGGAGGAGCAGCUUGAACCUGAGGAAGCUUGGAAGCCUUGA